GUGGAAUGCCUGCGGGGAUGCCUGGAGGAAUGCCUGCGGGGAUGCCUGGAGGAAUGCCUGCGGGGAUGCCUGGAGGUAUGCCAGGAGGUAUGCCAGGAGGUAUGCCAGGAGGUAUGCCAGGAGGUAUGCCAGGAGGUAUGCCAGGGGGAAUACCUGGGGAUGAUGGCAGCUUUCCAGGAUAUUUUGACGAACCCAGGUAACAUACCCAAGUACAAGGACGACCCGGAUAUUCUAGAAGCUAUGUCUAAGCUAAGUCAGAAGUUUGGUGGAGGUAUUUCAGGUGGCUUUAACGUUCCACAUUAA